AUGGGCUCAUAUAUACCACCAGAAUACUUACAGUACUUUGAGUAUUUACCGGACUUACAAAAAUGUGCUAAUGUUUUCAUAACGUUUACCCCGAUGUUCAGUUAUGGAACAACUUGCUAUGGAAUAUAUAAAAAAAAGACAUCUUUAGGAUUUUCAAUUGAUAUAUGUGCUACAAUGCUAAUGGCAUCGAUAUUAAGAAUAUGCUAUUAUACCAUCUCACCAUUUGAAAUCUCGCUACUUAGGCAAUCGAUCGUAAUGAUAUUCAUCCAAUGUAUACUAUUAAAGAUCUCUUUAAAUUAUAGACCAGUAAAUUAUAAUCCAGAAUUACUAACUCCUUUACCGAUAUUCAAAAAUGAAUUAAACAGUUAUUUGCCGAGAAGAUUAUCCCAAACGAGUAAUAUCACUCAACAUGAUAUUUACCAAGAAGACCUGAUGGUACUUGAUUUUGGCAAAUUUGUUAAAAGCUAUAUUGUUAUUGUAUUCAGCCAUUGCUUAAAAUUUUUCGAUGUUUAUUAUAAAAGACCAGGAUUAUUCUGGCAAUGGGUGGAAGAGAAAAACUACUGGGUUUUCUUAGUUAAAUUUCUGUUAGUUUUCAUUACCCUAACUUUCAUUUUCAUUAAUAACGAAUAUUAUGGCUCUUUCAUUGGUAUACUAGGAUUGUUCAUUGAAAGUUUAUUACCAUUACCACAAAUAUUAUUAUUAAAUCGAUUGAAAUCAAUUAAAAAUUUUAAAAUCUUGUUAUUAUUAAGCUGGUUAGGUGGGGAUUUAACAAAAUUAAGCUAUUUAUUAUUUGGUACUAAUAAUAUAUCAAUAAUUUUCAUUAUUGCAGCUUUAUUUCAAAUGAGUCUUGAUAUUAUAAUUGCAUUUCAAUAUUUCCAUUUUAAA